CUCAUUUUUUCCCAGGUGAAUGCACUGUUGCUGUGACACAGAGACCUGGACAGCUCAGGUGUGCUUAAAUCACAGUGUGCUUAAAUCACACUGAUUUUUAACUAACCAGUUCCAGGAAGAGGACCUUCAAUCAGGAGAAUUGAUCACUGCUGUUUCCUUGCUGCAUUGAAAGGGAAAUAAUGCUCCAUUCAACAUUGGCCUUGUCCCUUCUUUUAAUUGCAGUCACUUCCAACCUUGCAAUGGCAAUUAAAAAGGAAAAACGAGCACCUCAGACACUGUCAAGAGGGUGGGGAGAUGAAAUUACCUGGGUACAAACUUAUGAAGAAGGGCUUUAUCAAGCAAAAAAAAGUAACAAGCCACUGAUGGUAAUUCAUCAUUUGGAAGACUGUCAAUACUGCCAAGCGUUGAAGAAAGCUUUUGCAGAAAAUGAAGAAAUACAGGAAAUGGCCCAAAAUAACUUUGUUAUGCUGAAUCUCAUGCAUGAAACCACAGAUAAAAACCUGUCACCUGAUGGACAAUACGUGCCUCGAAUCAUGUUUGUAGACCCAUCUCUCACAGUACGAGCUGAUAUCACAGGAAGAUACUCCAACCGGCUUUACACAUAUGAACCACAAGACAUACCAUUCUUAAUAGAGAACAUGAAGAAAGCACUACACCUCAUUCAGACUGAAUUGUAACCAGCAACAGUGAAAUUACCAUAACCUCUACGAGGUGAAGCUGCACCUCUGUCUCUACUAGAAUUUUGAACUCUUACCAAGUAGAUAUAUCAGAUUUGGUAUAUCAGAUUUCUUAAGAACAAUUUGGAGAACAAAUACAGAAAGACUAUCACAUCCAUUUGCAAAACAAUAAGAUAAAUAUAUUAAACACUUUGAAAUUAGUUAUCUGAAUAAGUGAAAGUGAUGGUUUGAGGUGCGGCAACUUUGAGCUGUAUUUUAUCAAUCCAACUCUGACCCUAUUAAGUCAGCUAUGACUUCUGACCAGGAAUUAUAAACAAUCUUUUGUAUCUCUAUUUGCAAUUUAUUACAUAAGUGAAUAGCUGCAUGUUGGCUCUCCAUUUUAAUUUUUAUUGCAAGAAGCUUGUUAGUUGUUAGUUUACCUCUGCUUUAUACACUUACUUGUUGUUAAAAGAAAAUAAACUUUGGUGUCAAAUCAGACAAGAAAGCUCUUCUGAUAGAUUUUGGAAUAGCUUAUACAGAAAAAAACCAGUGAUCUGGGCUUAGCUUUCCCCUGUGUAAUCCUUUAACUAUUGUUCUGAUAGCUGAAAACAGGACAGACAUUCCAGACUGAGCAUGUGCUCUCAGUGAGGUGAUAACCAUCAAAGAGCAACUACAGGUUUUGCUAUGAUAAAGAUACAGUGAAGCAAGAGAGAUGGAAGGAAAUAGUCCCAGAACCCCACUCUUAAGUGAGGAUAAGUGAUGCUUGUAAAGUCUCAUAUAGGAAAAAUGAGGAGGCUUUUCCUAGCUCUUUUCAUUUAAACAGUGCACUUGAGUCAUGGGAAACUCAUCCCAGGUCGUUCCCUCUUUCUGUAGCAUUCCACCAUGAAGGUGGCAGCUUAUUGAGAGAAUCUGUAAAUACAAGGCCUUUUGAAAAUUUCCCUAGGAUCACUGUAUGCAAGGGUGGACACCUGUUUGAGUAAAAAGCUGAAGUAGCUUAUUAUCCCAGCAAUGUAAUUUUUUGUUAGAGUAAAAUAGUCAUCAAUUCACCUGCAGCAGGACUGUGUAUGUUGUGUGACAUGCAAAACACCAGUGUCAUUUGUGCUACCUGCUGUCUCCUAUGGUGCUGCCUGAAUACACACAUAAAAGAUGAAGGAAGGACUUCUGCAGCACAGCCUUGCUAAUUUAUAAUACCUAGGAGUUAUUUGUCAUGAAUUAGUUAUAUUGCACCUAUCUAUGUCUUCAGAAUUACUUAAAAUUUGGAUAUAAGUGUAUAUUCCAACAGAGUGGUGAUAAAUUACCUGUACAUGAAGAGGAAAAAAUUAUUGUAUUAGUCAUUAAUAAUAACAAUAUCUUAAUAAUCAGUUAAAUGAUUUUUUUAACCUAUAGGGAAAAUACUAGAAGUAAAAUUAAACUGGAAAUCACAUUUCUUUGA